UAAAGACAAAUUGAAAAAGCCAGUUGGUUUUCAUAUAACUACUGGAUUUUGUAAAAGAUGGAUAUUUUUGCUUUCAGAAUGUCCAUACGUUUUCAAGCUGGAUUGGUAUUGCUCAUUUUGCUUGUGAUGACAAGUUUAACAAUGGGAACAGAAAAAGAAAAACAAUUCAGCAGUCACAAAAACAAUGGUAUAAGUCACAUUCCUUGGAAUAUCCUUCUGGAUCCUAACUAUACCAGUCAUAAGAAGGCUACAAAGGAAAACCAUACAUUUCUACCUCCUCCUCAUCAGAAAAAGCCAUUAGUGGAAGCUUCUACUCUUCAUCCUCAUCAUUCAUAUAAUGCUUACAAAGAGACUGUUUCACCUGUUGGACAUUAUAUUACGCCCCUUCCUACACAAUUUUCACCAACUUACAAUCCUCAUAAGAAUAAAGUGCUUCAUGCUUCAGAGACAAGCCCACAUAAGAUUGAAUACAAUCAGUUCAGUGCAUCUCUUCCUAAUCGGCCUGCUGAAAAAGUUAUUUUUCCAUCAGCUCAGAGUUAUCAAACAAAGAGACCAGAAGCUUAUCAAAGACAAACUUCCCGACCUUUGCAGAAAAACAAAAUUACGGGACAAACCACAAAGAAAGAGGAAAGAAGAAAGCAAACAACAAGAAAACCAGCAGAAUAUUUUGAUACCGAUGACAGCGAUUAUAUGGAUAAUUUUUAUCAAGAUUAUGAUUAUUCUCCAGACAAUGGAAGACCUUCUUACAAACCCCCCAAAAGGCAAUAUCAGUACUACUACCCAAAAAUGAAAGAAACAAAAGAUCCACUAGGUCUCCUACCAUCAGCAUCAGAUCCUGAUGGAUUUUUCUCCAAGGCUAAAGAUCUCUUAAAAGGAGGUAGUCAUGGAAAUCCGAAUUAUGCUCCUAGUUCUCCUGAUUAUUACUCUCAUUAUUCACCUCAUAAGAAUUAUGGAGAACCCGAUACAUCAUAUUACAGCGAUGACGGCUAUGGUGGCCCUGGUUAUCCAACUAAAACUGACUAUUAUGCACCUUCAGGGUACGACUAUGAAGGUCCUAUAGAUGAAAAAUAUGCUGGCGUUUAUCCUUAUCCAGAUAAAAGGAAAGGUUCUAAAUAUGGUCCUCUUGCAUUUGCCUUAGGACUAUUGCCUUUAGGUCUUCUACUUGCUUCACUCGUCCCUACUGUUGUAACGAUCCCUGUCACUACUGCUGUUGCUACUGGAAGGAGACGCAAACGUAGUGUGAAGUUUAUAAAUCCUGCUCUUGACAUCAUCUCUACUUAUAACAUGACAGCUCUAGAGGAUCCACGGUGUAUGAAUCGAAUAUUCUGCGAAGUAGUCACAAAUGGUAAACAAGAAUCAUCUUCAAUAGUUCAGAAGUUUUACUACAAGAUUGCGUCCUCAUUGGAUGACAAAAUUGCUGAAUUUCUUGGAGUAAAGAAGCUUAUUUUUGCUGUGCGAAAAGAUAAAUGCCAAGAAUUUCGCUGCGAUGCCUAUAGAAAGUCGUUUGAUGAACCAAUCAAAAAUGGCACAUCAAUAGCAAAAUCAUGAAUCAUCUACUAAUAAUACUUUUACCUCAUUUUUUUCAGUUCAAUUAUUCAACUUUCACUCGGACAUAAACUUAAUGAUAAAUAUAAGUGAUUUGAUAAAGCUUUUUUUCUUAU